ACAAAGUAGGAGGUGGCGUGUGGUCGUGUGCACGUAAAUUUCUGAAACUACCCAUUAUGAGUCUGUUAUAGUUGUUGCCAGCUGAUAUUUUAAAACUUGAACUGAACUACCCACCUAUUGUGUACAUUAGUACACAACAUGUGAAUGAUAUCCUAUCGCUAAUAACGUUUUUGCAGUAACAUUUUAUGUGUUUUUAAUUUUUUUUUUCGUGCGAGUUCCAUUUGCUUUAUAUGUAGUUACCUACUAUAUUAGUGCUAUUGGUAAAUCGUGUUUGUGCGAGCGAAUGAUCGAGACGAUACCUAGUAAAGUGAGUUAUAACUUUUCAAACCUCAAUGUGAGGUAAAAUUUCUUCAUCUCUAUAUCUAAACGUGGUAGACGAGUUUGUAACUUACUAGGUCUUAUACCGACUUGAAGGUGUUUUUUUCCCUCCGGAAUUUUGAAUAUGAAUGUUACUAAUUCAUCGGCCUUCCUUUUACUGCUUGCUUUUUUCGACAUUCUGAUAAGCGCACGAUCGGAUAAAAUCCUGGGUAUCUUCAUCAUACGCAGUAAAAGUCACCAUAUCAUAAAUCAAGCUGUCAUGGAAGGAUUACAUGCGAGAGGUCAUGAAGUAACAAUCAUCAGUCAUUUCAAAUCCGAACAGGUUACCCCAAACUACACGGAAAUACUGCUUUCCGAAGAGGUACAAAGUUUCGUCGAUAGUGUAGCUGUAGAUGAUCGGGUGCAUUUAGACGGAAUUAUGAAUGAAAUCAAUCUGAUCUAUACCCUGGAGAAAUCAUCGUGCGACGAUGUUUUCAGCUUAGAUUAUAUCAAAAGAUUAAUAGUUAACUCGGAAAAGAAAACGAUCGAUUUGAUUAUCGCCGAAGUCUACAACAUCAGAUGUCUGCAUUUACUAGCACACAAACUGAAUGUACCAUUGAUAGCUGUGUCACCAGCAACGAUACUCAGUGGAGUUGAUUACAUGAUUGGUAACCCCUACAAUCCAGCAGUAACUCCGUUACUUUUGAGUAGCCGUACUUUGAGAAUGAACUUCAUCGAACGAUUGCAAAAUGCGCUCGAAUACGCUGUAACGUAUUGGUAUUUGAGCUACAUGUUCAAUAGAGAUAUGGAGACGUAUGCUCGAGACGUGUUUCGUAUGGAUUUACCUCCGGAAGACGAGUUGAAACGAAGAACGGCUUUAGUGCUUUAUAAUAAUCAUUUCAGUUUUAUGGCCAGGUUGAAAAGUCCGAACGCGAUAGAUAUAGCUGGUAUACAUAUCAAAGAACCGAACAAAUUGCCUAAGGAUAUAGAAGACUUCAUCCAAGCAUCAGACGACGGAGUGAUUUUAUUUUCUUUUGGCAGUACAAUUAAAGCAAGUAGCAUGUCGGAAGAAAAUUUAAAAAUCAUCGUGGAUACAUUUUCCAAAGUACCUCAAAAGUUUCUAUGGAGAGUAGACCAGUUGAACAUCACUGAGGUACCAUCGAACGUCAAACUUGGUACUUGGUUUCCUCAAAGAGACAUACUGGAACACAAAAAUGUAAUCGCAUUCAUCAGCCAUUGCGGAUUAAUCGGAUCAUUGGAAGCUAUUCACACGUCAACUCCAGUAAUUGGAAUGCCAAUCAUGUUUGAUCAGUUCCAAAAUGCAAAAAUUUUAGUCGAACAUGGGAUUGGUAUCUACGUUGAUUAUUACAAUAUGCGCGAGAACACCCUGCUCAAUGCCAUCACGGAAAUUACGAUAAACCCAAAAUAUAAGCAAAACGUUCAAAAAUUAUCAGAUAUAUUCAAGGAUAGACCGAUGUCUCCUUUAAAUGAAACUCUGUACUGGACAGAAUAUGUGUUGAAGCAUAAAGGAGCUCCUCAUUUGAGGCCUCAAUCAGCUGAUAUGCCUUUAUACCAGUAUGUUCUGUUGGACGUGCUUGCUGUGCUGUUGGGUAUCAUAAUAGCUGUUAUGUACCUUUGCAAAUAUUCGUUUAAAAUUACAUUUGCAGCGAUAGAUCGAAUAAGAACGAAUGAAAAAAAAACUCCACUUUCGUGAUGAUUUUUAUACGUAUAGUCUAGUUUGUAUACCUACUGUAAAAUAAAAUAUAAUAUGUACCUACACACAAUGAAA